GUGUUGGAUCUAGGAACAUUUUCCGUUCGUUGGUUCAGUUGUUCCUGCCGAGGAUUAUGACGAGAGGAGACCGUGUGCAUGCCAAUGGACCUCUGGCAAGGUACUACCUAUGUCGACGUAUCACAAGCGUCUGGAUAGACUGACCAGAGAGGAUUGUACAACAGUUUGGCUACAUCCAGACUAUUCUGCCACAUCCUACUGUGUCUAUGGUCUCUGAUGAAGAAAUUGAUGAUAGAUGGAUGCAGUUCAGUGAGUACAUUGCACCUGUAGGGCAAUUAUGUGCAGUUCCUGGCCACUAUUCGCCAGAUUACAUGGAUUGGUUCUACAUGAAUUUGCCCCCAUUCAUGAGUCCGACACAACCAGGGGAUCCUCCUAGAGUUUCGUUGGUUCAGCAAUAUGACACAUUUGUUAAACCAUAUGUGUAUCAGCAACCGAUGGCGGCAGCGGCACCUAAUGAGUCAAAAGUUGAUGUGCAUCAUAUUCGACAUGCAGUGGAUGGUUUUGUAGCAAUUGCUGAUAAGUUGGAAAGACUACUGACCCUGAGGAUCCUGACCAAAGGAACAGAAACCUAUAUUGUUGCUGAAGAAUGUCUGGGCAUCACAAAAAGCAACAUUAGUCAACCAACUGUAGGUCACAGAUCGAGGUGUAGGCGGCAUACGGAUGAUCAUUGAAGUUGUUUUUUUUUUUGCCUUAUAUAUGUCAUUUUAAUUUUUUCGAUAAUUUAUUUAUUUGGUACAUUUAUGUAUUGACAGUAACAUUUGGUUAAUUUAUAAUUUUGGUGCCUUAC